GUUCGAAAGAUAUGAAUGAGCUAAUUAAUAUAGAGAAGUCUUGGAAAGUGGAGGUGAUAGAUGAGCUUUUCUCCCACCGAAGAUGCCACAAUGAUAAAGGCCAUCCCAUGGAGCAGAAGUUAUGAAGACUCGUUGAUCUGGAUUCAUUCACCGACAAGGGAAUCUACUGUCCGAUUUUGCCUAACAUGUGGCUUGGAACUUUUGGCUUUUAUAUGGAAACUCAACAUCUGGAUGAGGAACUAUUAAAGCCAGUGGGGAAGAAGAUAUGGGGGAUGUAGGUACCAGGGAAAAUUAAGCCUUUUAUCUGAAGAUUAGUCAGGGAAAUUGUUCCUAUGAAUGACAUAUUAUGUCAAAGGGGUAUAGAGGUAGACAGAAGGUGCUUUAGGUGUGGUGAUAGGGAGGAGAAUUACUUUCAUAUUUUUGUGGAUUGCUGUUGGAGCUCUAGAUUGUGGGAUGGAGUGAUGGUAAAUGUGGCCAGAAGUAGAAUAAGGGAAGGGUCCUUCUUAGAUGAUUUUAUAGAACUUUUUCUUGGAAUUGAAGGGGAGGAGUUACAGAAGUUUGUGUGUUUGUUUUGGUGGAUCUAGAAUAAUAGAAACAAUUGCUUUCAUAAUGGGAAAUGUAAUUUGGUGAGUGGAGUGGCAAGGAAAAUGGGGGAUUAUGUGGAGGAAAUAAAAGAGGCUGGAUAUGGUAGUCUGAAGUAGAGCCGAGGUAAGAGUCAGGGAAGGAAUGAAGCAGUGCAGAGCUGGUGUCUGCCAGAGGAAGGGUAUAUCAAGAUCAAUGUGGAUGCUGCACUUCCGAGGGGUGCUAACUAGCUACACGUGCUGCUUGGGGUGAUUGCAAGAGAUCAUACUGGGACGGUAUUGUGUUAGGCGCAAAGAACUACCCAGAUAUCCUAUACAGUGCUGGAGGUAGAACGCUAGCCAUACAAUUUGGAGUUCAGAUUGAGAAGCAGAUGAGAUGUAGGAAGAUGAUGGUGGAGUAGGAUUCAAGGGCCGUGGCACAAUUGUUCAAAUAAAUUUAAUGAAUAUUU